UCAUGGAUAUCAACGAUCUAGACGAAGAUGAGGAGUUCGGGUUCUCCAGGAACUACUUCCUGGCUAAAGAAAUGCGUGGAUCUGGGAAGAAAAAAUCUGCCCAAAAAUUAUCUGACAUUGAUGUAGUUGAUGAGCAGGAACUGAGAGUUGCAGUGUCUAACAUUGAAACUAAACAUGAGAAAGAGAUUCAUACUUUGCUCACUAGUUAUAAAAGCUUAUACCCAAAAUGGGUUUUUGAAUUGAGGUGUGGCUUUGGUCUUUUGAUGUAUGGGUUUGGCUCUAAGAAGGCUUUGCUUGAAGAUUUUGCUUCUACAGAGUUGACAAAUUGUGGUGUAAUCGUUAUCAAUGGCUACCUUCAGUCAAUCAAUGUUAAGAAUGUUGUGGCCACCCUAGCUGAAAUACUGUGGGAACAGCUAAAGACCAGACGUAGGUCUUCUGCGGGGAGCACAUCUAAAGUUCAGAAACCUUCCAGUUUCCAAUCCAUGGAAGAUCUUCUUGCAUUCUUAGACGGUUCUGAUGCAAAGCAAAAUGAUUGCUUUGUCUGUGUUGUUAUACACAAUAUUGAUGGACCUGGGUUGCGAGACAGUGAAUCACAACAGUAUCUUGCACGACUUGCAAGCUGUUCCAAUGUCCGUGUGGUUGCAUCUAUAGACCAUGUCAAUACAGCACUAUUAUGGGACAAGAAAAUGGUCCACACACAGUUCAACUGGUGCUGGUAUCAUGUCCCGACCUUUGCACCAUAUAAAGUUGAAGGGGUGUUUCUCCCAUUGAUUCUUGCCUGUAGCGGGACAGCACAAAAUGCUAAAACCGCUGCAAUCGUACUUCAGAGUUUGACACCAAAUGCACAGAGUGUGUUUAAGGUUCUUGCGCAACAUCAACUGGCCCAUUCCGAUGAAGAAGGAAUGCCGAUAAACAACUUGUAUACAACCUGCCGUGAACGUUUUCUAGUCAGCAGCCAAAUGACUCUGAAUUCCCACUUGACGGAAUUCAAAGAUCAUGAGUUGAUUAAGACUAGAAGACACUCAGAUGGGCAGGAUUGUGUUUACGUUCCUCUUACAUCUGAAGCAAUUACGAAGCUGUUAGAGGAGAUUGGCUGAAUUUGUUAUUUGUGAUGGUACAUUGUUACAGUGUAAUCAGGUUCUUCAAGGAGUAGUCGAAACAUGGAACUUGAUAAUGUACACUUGAACAAAGUACUAGUUGAUAGACUAGUGUUUGUCAACUAUACAUCUUCUACUGCUAUACUUGUCUGACUCAUCUCUUACUGAAAACAAAUAACUAAAUAUGAUCCUCAUAGUCUAAAUGCUGCUUUAUUGAGUGAGAAAAAUGAUAAAUUGUAAAGAGAUAAAGAUGGGUAUAUGUCAUUGCCGUUCGCUGAGAUGGCAAUCGGCAUAUAAGAGGACUGUUUUAUUAGAUCCGGCUUUCGGUGUGGUGGAACUUAUCUUUCUGAGGUGAACAGAAUGGAAAUGGAGGCAAAAGUUGACACUGUUAUUUAGUACUGUGUUCCUUCUAUACAACAGGGUGUGUCGUAACCCGCUUAUCAACCUGGAGACUGGCACAAAUCUUUUGAGCUUGGGUUGCCAUUGGGCUGUGGUUGUUGCUGAAAUUGAUAGUUAUUG